ACGAAGCUUUAAAGCAUGUGACUCAACUGAUUAUGUUCAUUGUUUUGGUUAGAGGAUAUUAAGUGAUUGCAAAUCCGUCUUUUCUUUGUAACAAAAAUUAAACUUUUUUAAACAGCAUAUCUUUAAAAAGCUGGUAAUGGGAACUUUUAUCCCUGAAGAACAUCAACAUGUGAGAUACAAUCCAUUAAGUAACAGAUGGGUGUUAGUUUCACCUCAUAGAGCUAAAAGACCAUGGAAAGGGCAAAUAGAGAAGUUACCUGAAAAUGAGAUUUUGCCUCAUGAUUUGAAUAAUCCACUUUGUCCUGGAGCUACAAGAGCUAAUGGAGAGAUUAAUCCCUGUUAUGAAAGCACGUUUGUUUUUCCCAAUGAUUUCCCAGCUUUGCUGCAGGAUGUUCCGAAACCAGAUAAAUCCACUCAUCCCUUAUUUAAAGCAGAAGCAGCGAGAGGUACAUGCCGAGUGAUGUGUUUUCAUCCGAAAUCAAACAUAACUCUCCCUUUAAUGUCUUUGGAUGAAAUUCUUGAGGUUAUUAACACUUGGGUUAAAGAAAUAUUAGAUCUUGGUACCAAUUACAGAUGGGUUCAAAUCUUUGAAAAUAAAGGUGAAAUUAUGGGAUGUUCAAAUCCUCAUCCACAUUGUCAAAUUUGGGCAAGUUCAUUUCUUCCAGAUGAACCAAGAAUUGAAGACGCCCAACAGCGUAAAUAUUAUGAGAAAAAUAAUUCUCCACUACUUAUUGAUUACCUAAAUGAAGAAAUAAAGAGAAAGGAACGCAUUGUACUCUUGAAUGAACAUUGGGUUGUAUUAGUUCCUUAUUGGGCUAUUUGGCCAUAUGAAACUAUGCUCUUGCCAAUUCGUCAUGUGCUUAGAUUGCCUGAUCUUACUUCUGAUGAAAAACAUUCUUUAGCAGAUAUUAUGAAGAAGCUACUAAUAAAAUAUGAUAACUUGUUUGAAACUUCUUUUCCUUACUCAAUGGGAUGGCAUGGUAUGUUUUAUUUUAUGUUUGAAAGUUCUGUUUUUCUUUUCUCGCGCUCUCUCUCUUUUUUUGGGGGGGAGGGGAAAGCAUGUAAGAACUUCAUUUUCUACCUCCUUUUUUAUCUUCUUGCUAUAGUCCUCCUCCCCAAGUUCUGUUUCUUUGUAAUUUUUAAUUUGGAAAAUUUGUUACCAAAAUAUUCAUUAUUUGUUACUUUCUUUAUAGGUGCUUCAUAAUUUCUUUAUAGGUACUUUUCUGUUCAUAAUAUAGGUCCCUGUAAACUAUUAUGAAGUUCCUUCACUGUAUGGCUAUAAGUGCAUUUUAGACCUUAAAAUUUGAUUAUGCUGCUGGCUCUUUCAGCUUUCAACCAGUGUUGCUAAGAUGAGUCCAAACAAUAGGGCAACAGAUAGUAGUAUUUUAAGAAGCAUUUGCAAAAUAUGGCAAUUAUUACCCAUAUAACUUCAAAUUGUUGCAAAGAUUACAUUUGUCAAAAUAUGGGUUUCUGUAUUCAUAAGACCUCAAGGCAGUGCCCAUAUUUAAGAUGGCCCUCCUAUAAACAUCUUUUAAAUUCCUUUAAAUCUUUUAAUUUUUGUAAAUCAUUAACCCCUUCGUGCCGACUGUCACGUCUACGUGCCAGCAACGAACACACUCACCUACCGGCCGAUACGCAGGCGUGACUACUCGAAAUGCGAGAAGCUUGACUCACAUACACGUGUUUUUGAUUAUAUAAACAAACGGGGAACUGAAUGUUUCCGAAUGGCGUGAUUUAUGAU